AUGCAUAGACGUAAUACUGAAAUAUUCAAAAAUCCAAUUCAUCUUGUACGACCACUUACAGUCGACCAAAAUCGACGAUUAGAACGACGUAAAAAUUAUGAUAUAAAAACAAAUGAACGUCGUCCAAAAACAGGUGGACUAGAAUCAACAAAUACAUAUAAUAGUGAUUUUCAAUCAAGUUCAACUUCAACUAAUUUUUCAUUUGCUAGUGAUGAAGAUUAUGAUACAGAUUUAGAUGAUGAUGUUAAUCAAUAUCGUGAUCGUUCAUGUAUUGGAAUGUAUAAAUAUGUUUGUAAAUAUGAACAAAUUGUACCUGUUGGACAGUAUUUGAAACAUUAUGAUCAAAAAGAAUUAUUAAUGCAUUAUUAUGGUUUAGGUUCAAAAGGUAUGCGAGCAUUUCUACCAAGUUUAACAAUGAACACAUAUAUAACUAAACUUGAUUUAACAAGUAAUGGUCUUGGUGAUAAAGGUAUUAUUUAUUUAUCACAAAUUCUUCGUGAUAAUAUUGCAAUUGUUGAUAUUAAUCUUUCACAAAAUUUUAUUGGUCUUGAUGGUACUCGACAUUUAUGUGAUAUGUUUAAAGAUAAUGUAACAAUUAAUCAUUUAAAACUUGAAGGAAAUUUAUUAAAUGAUGAAUGUGCUCGUCUAUUAGCUGAACUUAUUUCAAGUACUGGACAAUUAUAUACAUUAAAUUUGGCAAAAAAUAAACUAGGAUCAACAAGUGGUAUUUUCUUAGGUCAAGCUAUUGCUGAAAAUACAACAAUGGAAUCUCUUGAUCUCAGUUGGAAUUCAAUAAAUGGUAAAGGUGCUGUUGCAUUAAUUAAAGGAAUUCAAGAAAAUGUUUUUCUUAAAAAAUUAAAUUUGGCUCAUAAUGGUUUAUCAGGAGCUGAAUGUGGUCGUGCUUGGUUCAAUGCUUUCAAAGAGAAUACUUCACUUGUUGAACUUGAUAUCAGUCACAAUCGUUUAACAACUGAACCAGCUACAUACAUUGGUCGUGGUCUUGCUAAAAGUGAAAGUUUACAAAUCAUACGUUUAACAGGAAAUCCACUUGAAUCAGCCGGAUGUUAUGCUAUACUUAAACCACUUAUAGGAAAAGAUACAACACCCAAUAAACUUGAACUUAUUGAUUUAACAGAAAUUCUAUUAAAUAAUGAUUGUCAAGAGCUUUACUUACAAGUAAAAACUCAACGUCCUGAAAUUCGUGUUUUAGUUGGUUUGAGAACACUACCACUAUUUGAUGAUCAAAUGUCGGAUGAUCGAAUAACAGAUCAUUCUCAAUUGAAACAAGCAAUUCAAGAGACACUCAAUGCUCAAUUUUCUGAUGCAGAUAUUGAUAAAAUUUUAAAAGAAAUAGCUCAAUUUGAUUGCAAGAAAUUUAUACAAACUUUUGAUAAUAAACCAACAACAACGAGUUUAUCAUCAUCAUCUUGUCGUUUCAAAAGUUAA